UCCACGUCCUAAUAAAUCGCUCCCAUCUCCGAUUCGCCCACCCCCUUUCUCCCUUCGAUCUUUCCGCCUUCCCGUCGAUUCCAUUCCGUUCCAAUCCUCCAUUCCCCAUUUGCGCCAUGCUGCCGGCGCCGCCGCCGCUCCCGCGCCCGGCGACCACCACCCAAGAACACGCGCCUCGCCGCUGCUGACAGGCCCGACACCCUCCUCCGUCCCUCCCUCGGAACCCCAAUUCCCGAGCGAGCGAGCGAGCGAGCGCGCGCGCCGGUCCUGCCCUCCCCUUCGGCCCAGCCUCCCAACAGCGAUCGAUCCAUGGAGUCGUGCCAAUUAGUGCGGGAGAGCACUAGUAGUAGCGGUAGGCUGGAGGAGGCGGAGGAGGAGGCCUUCUUCGACACGCGCCAGGACCUGCUGGCCUCGCCGGCGCCCAGCCCGGCACCGGCAUUGCCGUGGUCGUCCGGCGGCCUCGAUGGCCUCGACAGCGUGCGGGACAGGAAGGAGCGCUUCUUCAGAAGCAUGGGCCUCGAGUGCGGCCCGAGCCCCAGGCAGGCAGUGGAUCCCGUGUUUGCCGCCGGCGAGGCGGAGAAGCAGCAGGAGGAGGAGGCUGUGCCGGAGACUGGGAGGCUGUCGUCGCACUCGGAGAACGACUGCUCCAUGUCCAGUUGGUCCACGGAGGAGACCACGAGCUACGACGAGGGCGGCGCGUCGGACGACAAUUCCGUCGGUGGAUCCAGCAAGGACGAUGGCAGCAGCAAGGUCAGCAGGAGCUCCAGUUCGUUCUCGUUUAUCCGGCGGCUUAUGAGCCGAAAUGGCAAGCCUUCCGGCGCUCCGAGGACGGUUGAGAUGAGGAGAAGCGGGUGGCUGGAGAGGCUCGGCGUGGCCGUUUGUGCUGUGGAUAAUGCGGCGGAUGAACCUAGCACCAGCUCCUCUGACAGCGAGCCGAUUCAUGGUGGAAGGUAUGAGAGAGUCAAGGUCCGAUCGUACCGGAAGCGGUCCAAGGAAUUGUCUGCGCUCUACCAAGGCCAAGUGAUCAAGGGACACGAUGGUGCCAUCCUUACGAUGAAGUUCAGUCCUGAUGGGCAGUUCCUCGCAACCGGCGGCGAAGACGGAGUCGUCCGGGUUUGGGGUGUUUCGCAGUCUGAUGACUGCAAAAUUCCUCUGGAUGACCCCUCUUGCGUCUACCUCAAAGCGCGGCGCAAGAAUGGGUUGGCGCCGGUGAGCGUCGACAGCGAGAAGCUGCGCAAAUCCAAGAGUAUGGGCAUGAAGAAGACUGGAGACUCUACCUGCAUUGUGAUUCCAACAAUGGUUUUCCAAAUUUCAGAGGAACCGUUGCACGAGUUCUAUGGGCAUUCUGCUGAUGUAUUGGAUCUGUCCUGGUCAAACAACAAGCAUCUGUUGUCGGCUUCGACAGACAAAACUGUCCGCCUGUGGGAAAUUGGAUCUGCAAACUGCAUCAAAGUUUUCCCGCAUAGCAACUUUGUGACUUGUGUCCAAUUUAAUCCGACGAACGACAAUUGCUUCAUCACUGGAUCGAUUGACGGCAAAGUUCGUGUAUGGGACAUAACUAGAUGCAGCGUUGUGGACUGGGCAGAUGUUAGGGACAUAGUUACAGCGGUCUGUUACCGACCUGAUGGAAAGGGUGCAGUGGUUGGAACGAUUACUGGAAAUUGUCGGUUUUAUGACGCAUCGGACAACCUGCUGCGGUUGGAAACUCAGAUUGCACUCAGUGGCAAGAAAUCCUCUUUGAAGAGAAUCACAAAUUUUCAGUUCUGUCCAAACAACCCAAGUAAACUAAUGGUAACAUCUGCUGACUCCAAGAUCAGAAUGCUUGACGGAACCAAUGUGAUUCAGAAUUACAGUGGACUCCGAAGUGGUUCAUGCCAGAUGUCAGCAUCCUUCACACCAGACGGGGAGCACAUAGUUUCUGCCAGUGAAGACUCCAACAUUUAUGUCUGGAACCGUGACAACCAAGAUGAUUCUGUGUGGCGACAAGCGAAAACCACAUAUUCCUCUGAGCGCUUCCUAUCCAACAACGCAGCCAUCGCGAUACCAUGGCACGGCACAAAACCAAGGAGCCAUGUUUCCUUGGCCUCUCAUAUCCAAUUCAAGUACAGCUCCAGCAAAAGUUUUCCUUCAAGACCCUCUGCCCCUGGCAUUUUCAACCUCAACCAGGAGUUGUUCGCGGAGCCCUCGUGCAAAGGCGCCUCGGCAACUUGGCCAGAGGAAAUGCUGCCGUCUGGCUCGAUCGGCGCAAGCCUGGACGAGACGCAGCACAAGCUUCUGAGGAACUGCUCCCAGAGCACGGCGAACUCCUGGGGCCGGGUGAUCGUCACGGCGGGGUGGGACGGCAGGAUCAGGUCGUUCCAGAAUUACGGCCUGCCGGUGCAUCAGUGACCGGUUCAUCCGGAGCGCCCGGUGAAAGCAAGUGAACGGCAGCAUUGGCGCGUCUCACAUGGCCGGCCAUCAAGGAAAAGCGCCCGUGCACCCCAGCUAUGGCGCUGGACCAUCGCGUGUGUGCGGUUUCUUGGUACAAGACAUCACAUGCUCGGCGCUCCUGCUGCUGCUGAAUCGCGCAUGGACCAGUGCUUGUACAUAAUCAACCCGGUGGUCCUCCGAGAUCUCUUCAUCAUCAGCGGUUGUUGUUCGUGGCAGGCCCUGUAGCUAUUAGCUCGCUAGCUAGCUUUGUACCACCCCUUUUUUUUUGUAGAGAGAUCUUUCAGUCUAGAUCAGAUUUGUUCUUUGCCCCUUUUUCUUUCUUUCUUUCGAUUGCUCUAUUGAUUUGACGAUAUGACGCGGAAAUGUUAGUGGAAGUUGAGUGUAAAUUCUCCCCCCUCCCGCUGAAUGUGUGGGAGGGAGACUGAUGGAACUGUCAUCCGAGUAUACGGAAAAUUUGUUCAUUCGUUCAAAA